AUGAGUCCCUCGGGCAAAAGUAAAAGCGGCGCAAGUGUCGCGAGCAGGGAAGGCAGCAACCAAAGCAGAGAGAGUAAUCUGUAUAGUAGUAGAAAUGGGGCCCAAGAAAGUAGAAAUAAUGAAUAUGGCAGGAAGGGUCAACGGAGAAACGGAAAGGAGAAUCAAGCCAAUGUGUACAGCUACAGAAUGAACGCCACGAAGGCAAGUUGGCAGGAAGAAAACGAAAGGGAGUAUGUCACCCAUAGGGUAGCAGCAGUUGAUGGAGGAGAAGUAAAGGAAUCGAGGCAUAACAAUGAGUAUGAACUUAAUUUUAUAGGAAAAGAUUCAUGCAGUUUUUCGAAAAUAAAUAAUGAUAAUUCAAACAUGAACAGUAACGCCACUUCAACAAAUUUUAAAGAAGAAGGAUCAAGUAUAGCAAAUAUGGACAUGGACCCAGAGAGAGCUCGAAGUAUGUAUAUUAAGAAGUUACAAUCUACACAGUCGACCAUGCACAUGGAAGGGAAUACUGAUAUAUACAAGGAGGAAUUGAUGGAGAUGAAGAGUGGAAAAGAGAAAAUGGAAGACUGUAUGUAUAGCUACAAAAAUAAAAGAAUGAGCAAGAGUAAACACAAAAAUAACAAUUUGGAUGAUACAAUGGAUCAUCAGCUAGCCGAAGAAGAUGGAGACAAAGAAAUGUACAACCAUUCAUUUUAUCUGUCGGAUAAUAUGGAAGAAGAAUUAAGUACCGAUGGAAAGAAUAUUUCCUUUAUGAAAAAAAUCAAAAUGUGCUUUAACUAUUUUGGUCCAGGAUGGAUUGUAGCUAUAGCAUAUUUGGAUCCAGGAAAUUUGUGCAGCAACUUAAAUGUAGGGUUAAUAAGAUCACCAGGUGAUACUAAUAAUUUGGUGAAGGAUUAUACGGGGUAUCAUUUAUUAUGGAUUUUGGCAUAUGGACAUAUCCUAGGUUUUAUUUUUCAAGUCUUAUCUAUGAAACUGGGUCAUGUCACAGGAUUAGAUUUGGCAUCCAUAUGUUACAAAGAAUUUGAUAAAAGGUAUUCUUACCUAUUGUACUUUUUUGUUCAGAUUGCCAUUUGGGGUGCGCACAUACAAGCUAUUGUAGGUACUUUUGUAGCCAUACAUUUGAUUUUCGGAAUAUCGGUCAAGGUAGCUAUUUUGUACACCCUAAUAGAAGCACUAGUGUAUAGUUUCCUCGAAAAUAAAAGUCUUAGCCUUUUAGAAAAUGUUCUAAGUGUUCUCAUCGGAUUUUUAGCUGUCUGCUUCAUUUUUAACGUUUUUAUGACACCAAUUAAUUAUAAAGAAGUAGUUUACAGUAUUUUGUAUCCACGUAUUCCUGAGGGGAAAGGAUUUGAUGCUAUGGCUUUAUUGGGUAGUAUCAUUUCAUCACAUGUAAUUUAUUUACACACAAAUUUAACAUCCAAGAAGAGGGCUGUAAUAUUUAACGACAGAAUGUUAAAAAGGUAUAACACGUUGGGAACAGUCGAAUCAGCUGGUUCAUUGUUUCUCUCCUGUGUGACAAACUGCAUUAUUGUACUAACCUUUGCAGAGGUUAAUAUUAAAGCAAACGAAAGGAAAGAUGCUUACAACCUUUUCACAGCAUACGAAGUGAUGAAAAAGUCGUUUGGCAAGAUUUCUAUGUAUAUUUGGUCCUUUGGUCUGCUAAGUAGUGGAAAUAACUCCAGCUUUAUGUGCGAGUAUGCAUCAAAAUCUGUAUUCGAAGGAUUUUUAAAUAAAAAAAUUAACACUUUUUUAAGAGUAUUAUCAUUCCGCUUCUUCCUUUUCUCCAUUUUGUAUUUAUUUUUAUUAUACGACAAGUACAGCAUUGACCAAUUGACAAACUUUAUCAAUGUCAUCCAAGUCCUGCUGCUACCUCUAGCCAUUGUCCCUCUCUACCGAUUUAGUAUUCAUAAAAAUGUCCUAGGGAAAUUUGCCUUAACAAAAUACUCCAAAUUAUUUGUUUUCGUUAUUGUUAUUUCGAUAAUUAUUGCCAACUUGAUGUUAACUAUUUUUGAUUUCAUUCAGAAAGUGCCCAAUAUAUAUUCUGUUUGUUUUGCCAUUAUUUUUUCCCUCCUUUAUUUAGCCUUCAUGGUUUUUCUAUUCCAAAUGCCUAUUACCAAGACCUACUGUCGCCUGCGUUGA